AUGGACGAGACGGGAGAGCGGUUAAUGGCUUACUGCGACAAGUCGUCCCACAUUCUGGACAAAGCCAACAGCAAGAAGUCGAAGUACAAAAAAACCGUCCUCCAACUCCAAGAGAAGCUGCGGCGUACACUUAAACAAAUAGCGGGGCUCCAGGCCGACCAGGAAAAGCUGUGUCGCGCGCUCAAGCAUGUAUCAGGGCUUCAGGCCGAACUGGGCGAGGCGCAGGAUUCUCUAUCCGCCCGGUCCACUAAGUGUGAUCAAUCGCGUCGCAUCGUAUCGAAUCGUGACGUUACAUUAGACCAGAUGCGAGUUCAGCUCGCAGACGUGGCUUCCGAACGUGAUUGCGCAAUACAAGAUCACACGACCCUUCGGGAUCGCAUGGCGUCACUGGUGUCUGGGGAUACUUCAGCCACACCUACGAGGGUGGAAUCGUCUACUCACACGCUCGUUCACUCGACUCCUCAGUCGAUGUCGAACGUAUCAGGAUCGAGUCGCAAGCGAUCUCGCGAUCCCCUACCAUCGUCAACUUUGCCGCCUUUCAAAAAAGUGACUCGAUCCGCUGCGUCCAAAGCUAAGCCGUCCCCAGUUUGCGAUCUCAAGGUGGCACGAUCCGCUGCUGAUAUAGCCAAGCCGCCCCCAGUUUGUGAUCACAAGCCUCCGUCCGCUCCCAAGGGAACCCGCGAUCCUAAGGGUCGUCGCGAUCUCAAGAAUCGCCAUGAUCCCGCGAAGCCUGCAGCUACCUCGAAACUGGGCGACCAGAGGCGCCGUGGUCCGGGCUUAACCUCGUCUGAGGGGGAGGAUACAUUGGCAGGUGAGGAUGAGACUUUAGCGGCUGUAUCCGGUUCGCGAUCCUCCAGUCGUCGUCGAGCAUCCAAUCCGGCGACACAACCUUCGGCUGGUCUUUCUUCGAAUCCGAUCGUCAUAGACACGCCGAGCUCUUCGCGCGAUCCUCCACCUCCGGUUGAUCCUGUUAUUCCUACCGUGACCAAGUUAUCUCGCGCAGAACUUGCCGGAGAAGCGUUCAGCGACUCGGAUGGUGCCAUCAGCCUUCCUGAUUCGCCUCGUGAUCACGUCAAUCCGAUGUUAUCCCUGGCGGAUUAUGAUAGCUUGCCCCCUACCAAGGUCUUUCGCAACCAGUGGACCCCUGGGUAUCGAGAUUGCGUACCGCGAUCGUUCACACAGGUCUCUCCUUGGUCGGCACGCAAGGUCAGUUGGACGAGCGUCACGGAGAUGGACACUGACUUCCUGUACCGCCACUUAUCCUGUCCCAAAGGCUAUAUCUUCUCGACGAUAAUGGUGUCCAAGUGUCCUCCUCCCACAUCUAAGUGGACACCUCGUCUGGCGUGCUCGGCCCAGAUCGCGGCCGUAUAUGCUCAAGAGCCUUUGGAGACAGCCACACGUCGGAUUGCGCCGAUCUCCUUCAGUCGUAUCGGCUGGUUCGACCAGCUCGCCUCUCUAUACUUGGAGUCCAAAGAUUGA